UUCUGUUUAUGCACGUGCGCGCUAUUUCGAUUUGUUUGUGGUAAAUUUAUUGUUUAAAUUUUUAAAUAUUUUCUGGGUAUUCUAUAAGUUUGUGGCUAAAAAUGAAGUGGUCUACAGCAAAUUUAAAAAGUCCAAACUAUACAGAAAAUCACGAGAUAUACGUAGGCACUAGUACCGGCACGUUCAAAAGGUUUGUUCCUGCUUUUGAGGAUAAUCCUUUUGUUCAACGUAAUCUAUACGAUAUUAAUCAGCUUGAGAAAGACGAUAGGGUUACUGCGCUUUCUUUUGGGAAUGAUACCUCAGAGAUUUUUAUUGGGCGGGCAAAAGAAAGUGUCCACAUGCAUUCUCUUCGCAGUGACACAGUAGAACGUACAAUCGAACUUAAAUUUGCGCCCGUAGUAGGUUUUGCGCGUUUUGACGAUUACUUAGCCGCCGGAUUUUCUAAUGGUCAAGUGCAACGAAUAUCCAUUUCAAGCAGCACUGAUUCAGAGCUCAUUAUUAGUAGUGGCGACGACAUGUCACAUUUGCGGCAAUGUCCAACCAAUCGAAAUCUGGUAGCUACAGGAGGUAAAGGCCGUCAAAACAAUUUAAAGGUUUUGGAUAUGGCAGCAGAUGGGAAACAAAUAUUCACUUCGAAAAAUUUGCCAAACGAUUACCUCCAGUUGGAGGUACCUGUGUGGGAUAGUGAUGUUGGAUUUAUAGAUUCACCACAUACGCUGGCUACUUGUUCUCGUUAUGGUUAUGUGCGGCUUUAUGACACACGUAAACAACGGCGGCCAGUGCAGUGUUUUGCUACCGAAGAACAAAUGAGUUUUGCUACUUUGGUCGCACAUGGAAAUUAUAUAUAUACGGGUACUACUAUGGGCGCUAUGAAGGCAUUUGAUAUAAGGCGCAUGAAGACUUUCGUACAUACUUACAAAGGAUUUACUGGUGCCAUCAGUGAUGUGUCAUUAGACUCUACGGGUAAAUACCUAGCUUCAGCCUCUUUGGAUCGUUAUGUGCGUGUGCAUCACGUCGAUUCUACAGUACUCUUGUAUCAAUGCUAUGUUAAAUCAAAAGCAACACGCGUUUUAAUACGCCAGUCGGCCGAAAACCCCAACAGUAGUACAACUGAAGCAACUGAAGAAGACCUGGAUAAAACCGAAAACUCGACAAAAAAGAAAAAUAUUGUGAAAGCUACUGUUCCAGAGGAUAAGGAGUACGAGGAUAUGUUUGAAAAUAUGCAAACUAUUUGUGACGACGAUGAUGUCAGCGACGCUGAGAAGGAAGAAGAAAAAUCUCAAAAAAUCGGGAGUAAACGAAAAGGGGAUAAAAACUUUAACAAAAGCAAAAAGAAGAAAGAGUGAAUUGAUGGAACUAUCUUUACAUAGGCUUAAAAAUGUAAAAAUAAUUUAAAAUUAGAGGUUAUGAUAAUUAAAAAAUAAAAUUUGUUAUCUUAUUAAAGAUA